UUCCGUCGUUGUAGCGAAGCGAAGGUAAUGGAUUACCGGUGAUCUUUUGAAGUUCACGGGACAAGGCGCUUUCAAAAGCGGUUAAUAGGCGAUAACAACCACUUAUCGCUGACAAAAUUCGAUCCCGUGCGUCCCUGAUAACUCUAGAACUCAGUCCUUCUUCCAAUAAUUUGACAGGUCGGACCUAAUUCCGUAUCAAUUCGCUUCGAAAUGUCUAAGAAAGUACUAUUGCUGCUGUGCAUCCUAUUCGAGGAUGUUUUCGCGUCUGCGAACACCAGGCGUGUGAGCAUCCUGGAUUAUCCAUAUCACGUGUCCAUCGAGAGGUAUAGCAAACACGUGUGCAGCGGAGCGCUAGUCCACGAGUCCUGGAUCAUAACAGCAGCCUCCUGCGUUUUCAGGGCGGACCCAUCCACGGUGUUCGUGCGGGCUCGCACCGACAAGCUCGUGUCGGCUGGAGAUCUAUUGGAGGUCAGCAGGAUCGUCGUCCACGAGGAUUUUGAUAAAUACGUGCUGCUGAAUGACAUCGCGCUAAUAAAGUUAAAGGUUCCUGUUCAAUUCGGAGGAAAAUUACUACCAAUUGUUCUACCGGGUGUAUAUGAUUGUGACCCCGAUGAUGGAGCGAUUUGUUACGUGACAGGAUGGAAACACAAUCUCGAUGGUCCAGGUGAGUCGCAGCUGACAGCGACAUCGGUACCAAUUGUGAAUCAAGGUAUCUGCGCUUCUAAGAUACCUUCCUACGAGCCGGUGUUCCAGAAAAUGCUGUGCGCCGGUAACAUGACCCUUGGGGUGGAGACGUGUCAGGGUGAUCCAGGUGCUCCGCUGAUGGAAGCCCAGACGCUGAUUGGCAUUCUAUCCUAUGGAUUAGGGUGUAAAACUAUGAUACAUCCGGGCGUGUAUACCCGUGUCAGCAGUUAUCUGGCGUGGAUCUCUGCGAAUUCCGGCAUCUGCUAUACAUGAGAUGAUAUUCGUGAAACUACAAUGUCAACACCGCUAACCUUUACCAAGAACACCGCGCCCGUGCUAAACCCGCCACCGCCGCCGCCGUCGCCACCAUUCGAAAGGCACGAAGAAAUUUCCGCAUGUUCGCGAACCUCGCCCUCCUCCUCGUGACGCUCUCGUAACUUCACAAAUUUCUGGAACGCUGCAAAGGGUUUUAUGGUAAUAUAAUGGAGCCAAGAGAAUGAAACUCCUAUUCCGCGGGCACGAACGAUUUCCUGUUGCUAUAGCUACCGCUAUUUCAUUUUUCUCGACGCAAUUUACCUUUUAUUUGCAUUCCUUUGACGACGAGGAAGUAUUUUAACAGAUUUCUGCCAUGCCUUUCGAUAUAAGCAAAUACCAUCGUGACGGAAGAGAAAGGUAAAAUAUGCUGUUUUCGAAGUAUCGAAUGUGUUUUUCUAAAUGUAUUGGUUGGCAAGAAGUGAACGUCGUAAUUACAAAUUAUAUUGUUUUUGCUUUAACGCUAACUGGUUUCAAUGUGAUUAUGUAGGUAUAUAAAUAAAUACAGACGAAUGAUUGCUUUCAGUUAUAAUUAUUGUAUAUUAUUUAUCAAGGUAUUCUUGUUCAACACAAUGUCAAAUGAAUGUUUGUUGUUCAUUAAGGAUGAUGUACUUUAUAUUAGUGUAACAAUAUUGGUAUUGUAUUAAUAUAAUAGUCGUGGUAUAAAGUAUUUGAUCAAUUAGUAUUGAGUGUCACGUCAGUUAUAUAUGAAUGACAUAAACCUAUAUACAAAACUGCUUAUAUAUUUUCUUUGGGAGCUUUGUCAUUCAAAUGUGAAUGACAAAAAAUCUGCAAAAAAUGUUUGAAACAUAAUUUGUGCAAAGUAUGUUCAGGGAUGUGUUCCUGUAAUCCAAUUAUGCCAGAAAAUGGAAAAAAGCGAGUUACCCUUUAAAAUUAGCAACUUUUAUACAAUGGCGGCAAGCAGUAUUUUAAACCAAGGUUCUCAUAUAAAUAUUAUUUGUUUAUUGGAUACGCAUACUUUCAUUAAUGGUAAAAACAAAUACAAUAAAAAUGUAAUAAUGAUAAUAUGUACUAUCGAAUGUGUUUGUUCCCUCAUUAACACAGACCAUCAAAACUGAACAGUAAUUCGAGGAUCUGUUUCAUCUUUUUG